GCUGGCGGGGCAAGGCACAGCAGAGAAACCAACACGCACACGGCCACGCGUGCACGUACACGCGCGCACAAACACUCACCGUGCACGGCUGUGGAGAGCGCAGAGAGAGAGAGAAAGACUGAGGGAGAACGAGAGAGAGCAUCGGAACGCAGCGGCUUGUGCGCGCGUGUGUGCAUGCGUGUGUGUAUGCGUGUGUGUGUCUGCGUGUGUGUGUGUACGCUCUCACUCGGCGCUAGAAACGACUGACGGGGCGGACAUGGAGCGAUUCGAGGAAAACGCUGGGAAGUGACCGAGCACUGACGCGAAGAGAGAAAAUCCUGCAAGGACGGAGAGGAAAUACGGGAGGAGAGAAGGAAGCACGGAAGGAAGGAAGGAAGGAAGGAGGGCGGCGAGAAAAGUCUGACAGAGGAUUGGAAGAGAGUGAAAGCGGCUCGUCUGGAACGCAGCAGGAUUCUAAGGAGUGAGCCCUGGGCUGGAUGGGACCGACCAUGCCCCCCAGUAAGAAGGCCCAGAGCCCCAGUAGUGGAGCCAGCGCUUCACAGGGCAUGAGCCCGCCGUACCGACAAGGCGACGCUGCGACGGCAGCAUCAGAGGCGGAGGCGGCGGACCUCUCCUUGUCCUUAUCAGCCUCCUUCUCCAAAGCUGAAGACGAAGAGCUCACCAGUCUUUCCUGGCUCCACGAGAGCACCGACCUCCUCAACAGCUUCAGCCACUCGGGCUUACGUAGCGUUUCCCCGCUGCUAGACCCCGACGGUCAGCACCCCCGCUCGCCUUCUUCCACGUCGCCGUGCCCGGAUGACCCCCUGUUGGGCGAUGCACACUCGGCGUACGACUUGGCAGUGGGGGCCAAUAGGAAACCGCCGUAUUCCUUCAGCUGUUUGAUCUUUAUGGCUAUCGAGGAUGCGCCGAACAAGCGCCUGCCGGUAAAAGAUAUCUACGGAUGGAUCCUUGAGCAUUUUCCUUACUUUGCAAGCGCCCCGACGGGAUGGAAGAACUCAGUGCGCCAUAAUCUGUCACUAAACAAAUGCUUCAAGAAGGUGGAUAAAGACCGCAGUCAGAGCAUAGGAAAAGGAUCUCUAUGGUCAAUAGACCCAGAGUAUAGACACAACCUGAUCCAAGCACUGAAGAAAACACCCUACCAUCCCUACUCGACAGGCCUGGCCAGCCCCUCAACUUCCCCACCCACCCUGUCUCAGACAUUUCACCACAGUCCUCCAUUAUGGUCGGGGAGUCCCCUCUUCAGGAAGAAUGGCGGAGUCCUCCUACAAGUUCCUCGUGGUGUGAUUCAAAAUGGCGCCCGUGUAAGGAGCCAGGCGCUCUUCCCUGUGAUAAGACCCGUUCCUGUAAACCCAGUAGGGAGCAGAACCUCGGCCAUAAGAUCGUCCAUAGGAGAUUAUCUGAAACGAGGCCAAGACAGCCCUUCCUGCUACUCUCCUCCGCCUUGCGCCGAGGAACUUCAGGAAGACCACAAUUACAGCACCGCCAAAUCCCCGGACAGGCUGGGGUCGUCGCAGGCCUCUGCCCCUUCGUCUCCGACGAACGACGACGACAUCAUCGCCGUGGAAAUCCAAUCCGACAUCAAACCCGAGCCCAGGGAGAUCCCGCUGGAUUCCCACGUCACGACCGCCGCAGCCACCUAUCUUUCCCAGCAACCCCUGCGGGGACAGAGACGUACGUUGGGGGCGGGACCCGGGACCCUGGCGGGAAGCAGCUUCACGUGGACCAAAAACCGAGCGAGGGGCAUUAGCGACACGCUGCCUCUGAAGAAGCGGCGCGCGGUGGAAAAGCCGCCGGAGAGCGAUGACGAGGAGAUGAAGGAGGCGGCGGGGUCGCUGCUCCACCUAGCCGGGGUCCGAGCCUGCCUCAACAACAUCACAAACCGCACGGCUAAGGGCCAGAAGGAGCAGAAAGAGGCCCUGAGAAACUAAAAAACACAUAGUACAUAAUCACGUGAACACGUUAGCACGCAUACACACUGUACAACACACAACUAGAUCAACAGGUGACAUGUUUUAGUCUCUACGGACACGUCUCAUUUCCCUCUAUCUAUCUGCAGGGCAUUAGGUGAAUCCUACUUAUUUGUGGCAAUAUCAAAAAUCUAUGUUUUCCUACAUGUUCAGCAACACUAAUGGGUACUUCUCAUGUGUCUUUUGUUGUUGUUGUUUUAUUUUUUUUUUUCAAAGGGGAUGAAAGCCAUAGUAAAGCAUUCAUUCGGACAAGUGGGCAAAAGUGAAUCAGUACAAGGACACGAGAUGGCUGUUUGUUUUGCAUAUUUGUUUGUUUGCGUGCGUAACCUGUAGCAAUCUUGCAGUGAUGCCAGCAAAGGCGGCAGAGCCUACGAAACUCGGGCGAGGGGAAAAGGGGUGGGGCAGGGGGCGGGGCCUCACUGGCAUCACUCUCCUUACAUCCACGAGCACAAAUGUGAGUCUGUGCCAAAGAGAAGUGACCAGGUUGCUUCAUGUAGCCAAUAUGACAGCUGACAAAAAAAAAAAAUAGACUUUAAAAAAAACAACAAAAAAAACACUCGAAGGCAA